GAGAGGGAGAGGGAGAGGGAGAGAGAGAGAGCGCCUGACCGUAGCUGCUACCGACCGGUAGGUGAAGGUCUUCUAUCUCUUUUCCUCAAAUGCCAGACAGGAAGAAAGGUAAAGAGAUGGCAGCCAGAAGAGCCAAAGUCUUAAGAAACUGCUGUUUUUUUUACAAGCUAGCUUUCUACUCCUCCUAGCCUAUACCUUGUUUGGUUCGUUGUGAAAGACACAUCUCAAAAUUGGGAUUUUUGCCACGCUUUCUCUUAAAUUUGGUAAAGUUUUUGAGGUAUUUGAAUAAGAAACUUAAAGAGAGGAGGGUUAUUUGGUUCUAUGAGUAGGGAUUUGAAGAGGAAAGCAGAGUAGCGAUGCAUUGGAAGAGCAAAGGUGGAACUUUUGGGGAGUUGCAGACUAGAAGUGUGGUUUCCACGAAAUGGACGCUCAUGCUUUGUAUUUUAUGCUUCUGCGCUGGGCUCGUCUUCACAAAUAGAUUAUGGACAUUGCCUGAGCCACAAGAUGCAAGGAACAAGCUGGCUGGAGGCUGCAACUCAAAAAUUAUCAGCGAAAACAGAGAUUCUAAAGAGUUGCUAGGAGAAGCAUCAAAAGCCAAUUAUGCCGUCAACACUUUAGACAAAACUGUAGAAAAAUUAGAAAUGGAAUUAGAAGCAGCAAGAGCCACACAGGAGUCUAUAAUCAAUGGUUCUCCUUUAUCGGAUGAGCUGAGGGAUAUGCCGGCUGUUGGAAGAAGGAAAUAUUUAAUGGUUGUAGGGGUCAACACUGCUUUUAGCAGCCGUAAACGAAGAGAUUCAGUUCGCAAAACUUGGAUGCCUCAAGGCGAGAAAAGAAGGAAGCUUGAAGAAGAAAAGGGCAUCAUCAUCCGUUUUGUUAUCGGGCAUGGUGCAACCCCUGGAGGCAUUCUGGACAAAGCAAUUGAAGCUGAGGAUAGGAAACAUGGGGAUUUCCUGAGGCUGGAUCAUGUUGAGGGGUAUCUUGAGCUCUCUGGGAAGACGAAGGCGUAUUUUUCCACUGCUGUCAAUAUGUGGGAUGCAGAAUUCUAUGUGAAGGUUGAUGAUGACAUACAUGUAAAUAUAGCGACUCUUGGGGCUACUCUUUCAAAGCACAGAUCAAAGCAUGGGGUGUACAUUGGAUGCAUGAAGUCUGGACCUGUCCUGGCCCAGCACGGUGUGAGAUAUCACGAACCAGAGUACUGGAAAUUCGGUGAAUAUGGAAACAAAUAUUUCCGGCAUGCAACCGGUCAAUUAUAUGCCAUUUCAAGAGACUUGGCUACUUACAUAUCUAUAAACCAGCAUGUUCUUCACAAGUAUGCAAAUGAGGAUGUCUCAUUGGGAGCUUGGUUUAUUGGCUUAGAUGUGGAGCACAUUGAUGACCGCAGACUGUGUUGUGGCACUCCACCUGACUGUGAGUGGAAGGCUCAGGCUGGCAAUGUCUGUGUUGCCUCAUUCGACUGGACCUGCAGUGGAAUUUGCAGGUCAGCUGAGAGGAUGAAAGAGGUUCAUCGUCGAUGCAGUGAAGGCGAAAACAUUCUCUGGAAUGCGUCUUUCUAGGCAAAGCACAGGAGAGGUCUCUUGGAAUAGAAGGGUGAGGCGAGAGUUGCUCUGCCCCUAUAUUCUUUUGAACAUUGGAUGGCCAUUUUUUUUUUUUUUAAUUCUUCCUUGUAUUGGCCACCAGCAUGUAAUAAUCACAAUAAUUCAUUCUAAAAAGAGCUGUUACU